GCACGCCACUCAAACCCGGAAGUGCAGUCAAAACAAAUCUCGGACCUGUCACAUGGUCCGAUAUUUACAACGGUUUUGUUUUAUUUUUUUUGCUGUGCAUUAUAUGAGAUAUUCAAUUGUAUUUGUAGGGUCUGUCACGUAAAGCACUUUCAUUCGCUGAUUCACCGAUUACUUUCGGCGAUUAGAAAAGUUUGCAGGGGAAGUGUCCCUCCAGUGUCGCCACGCAUCUCCCCAAACCCGCCAUUCACCACGACCUAGUCCCCGCCGUGUUCCGUCGGCGUGGAAGACGACAAGGCAUCGCUGUGUGGGGCGACGUUUAAUUCAUGUAUGGACCGACAGCGGCUAUGCCUGUCACCCUGGCGAGGCCUGGCGUGCAGCCCACCGGAGGCGGGGAAUCGGCACAACACCGCCCGUUGAGUGUGGACACAUUAGGGUGAAGUUCACUCAGAGGUUGUGUGACGCUCUGUCCCGAAGCCUUGGGACUCGCCACAUGUUUUGGUACGGCACCACUCUAGCCUAACCAAACCCAGAGAUCCGAGGAACAGGUUCGGUGAAUGUCGCCUGGAGGUCUGCAGGACCCUCAUCAUGCAUUCCGACCUUUUUGACUGAAAAAAGCCCCAUGCCAAGGAGCAGUGCAGUGACAGUCCUGAUUUUGGAUUUGAUGUCGGGACUACCUUCAUAUUUGGGGUGAGUAGUAUACAUGUGGAUAUAGUGGGCAUGUUGCAAUUUCCUCUAUACUAGUCGAACCGCUUUUCAGACACCCCCCCUUUGUUUGUUAUAUGAACAGACACAACAUUGUUUGCAUGAACUUAAAAACUAGUGCAACUGUUCCCAGGCUACUCCUGUGUACUGCCUGAUAAGUGUUCGUCAGGACGGUGUCUCUCAUUCCUUCCUUCCGCCGGUUCACCGAGAAACGAAGACAAUCAUUCUGAACUGCCCUUCAGCGGCUGUACCCGUAGGAACCCGCCGCUAUGGAGCAGAUGUACUUCUCGGUGGUGGAUUAUGUGAUAUUCGCCCUCCUGCUAUUGGCCUCUAUGGCGAUCGGGGUCUACUACGCCUUGUCGGGGGGGCGUCAGCGCACCACGCAGGAAUUCCUUCUGGCGGACCGCAGCAUGGCCGCGGUGCCAGUCUCCCUCUCCCUCAUCGCGUCCUUCCAGUCGGCCGUGGCGAUCGUGGGCAUCCCUGCGGAGGUGUACGCCAACGGCACCCAGUUCUGGUUUAUCGGCUGCGCCUACGUCCUGGGCCUGCUCAUCCCGGCCCAAGUGUUCGUCCCCUUGUUCUACCGACUGCGUCUGUCCAGCGCUUAUGAGUAUCUAGAGCGUCGCUUCAACAAGGCCGUGCGCAUCUGUGGAACGCUGACUUUCAUCUUCCAGACGGUGAUCUACAUGGGGGUCUGUAUAUAUACGCCGGCGUUUGCACUCAAUAAAGUAACUGGACUUCCACUGUGGGGAACGGUGUUGGCUACUGGACUCGUUUGCACGGCCUACACAACAAUAGGGGGGCUGAAGGCGGUGAUCUGGACAGACGUGUUCCAGACGGCGGUGAUGUUUGCAGGGCAGCUGGCCGUCAUCGUGGUGGGGGUGCAGCAGGCGGGCGGUGUGAAGGCCGUCUGGGACCGCGUGUUGGAGGGAAACCGCAUCUCCGGCCUGGACCUGAACCCCGACCCCACGGAGAGACACACGUUCUGGACGCUAGCGGUGGGCGGGGUGUUCCUCAUGCUGGCUCUGUACGGCGUGAACCAGGCCCAGGUGCAGCGCUACCUCAGCGCCCGCACAGAGAGGGAGGCGGUCAGGUCCUGCUACAUGGUGAUCCCGGCUCUGCAGGUGGCCCUGGCUCUGAGCUGCGUGAUGGGCCUGGUCAUGUUCGCACGCUACUGUGGAGAAGACCCCUCCCGGAGACCGGGCUCCCUGUCCGGGGACGCUAUGGUGCUGUUCUUCGUGAUGGACAUGCUGCAGGGCCUUCCCGGGCUGCCCGGCCUCUUCAUCGCAUGCUUGUUCAGCGCUGCCCUCAGCUCCAUCUCCUCCGCCUUCAACUCCCUGGCAACGGUUACCAUGGAAGACCUCAUCAGACCACGCUACCCAGCGAUGACGGAAGCCAGAGCGACGCUCUUGUCUAAAGGCCUCGCCAUGUCGUACGGCCUGCUGUGUCUGGCCAUGGCAUACUUCACUCACCUGAUGGGAGAGUCCGUCCUUCAAGUAGCGUUGAAGAUCUUCGGCAUGGUGGGCGGGCCGUUGCUGGGCGUGUUCUCCCUGGGGAUGUUCUUCCCCUGGGCCAACUCCACUGGGGCCCUCGUUGGCCUGGGGGCCGGCCUUGCCACGGCCUUCUGGAUUGGCGUCGGCAGCAUCAUGACGCGCGGCGGCGGUGGUGGCAGCGGCGGCAGCGUCCUGCCUUCAAACUGUUCCGUUGCCUGGCUGCUCUCGGGGAACACCACCGUCUCACACGCCAACAUGUCUGCCGUACCCGCCAUCUUUUUCAAUAUCAGCGCCACGCCCCCAACGCUGAGGCCGACAGGGCUGAGGAGGCUCUACUCCCUGUCCUACAUGUGGUACAGCGGACUCAGCUGUCUGGUGGUGGUGCUGGUCGGGCUGCUCGUCAGCUUUCUAUCAGGUCCAAUGAAAGAGGAGGACGUGUUCCCGGGCACUGUGUACCCCCUGCUGGGGAAUCUGUUGUUCUUCUUGCCUGAUCGCUACAAGAAGAAGCUGUGUUGUACGGGACAGAGCACGCACGCGGAGGACAGGAACGGAGACACCUUCUCGUCGGACAAAGGAGCCACGGAGGCAGAGACCAAGGUGCUGCUCCGCGCCUCGGCCCCCCUUCUGAUGGAGCGCGAGACCUCGGUGUGACCGGCAAGAUGGAUCGUGUGACCUCUGUUCGACCGUCAAGAUGGAUCGUGUGACCUCUGUUUGACCGUCAAGAUGGACUGUGUGACCUCGUUCUGACCUCCAAAGUGUUCCAGAACCACGUGUCUGUGAAGUGCUCACCGGUUGUUGGAGGUACUAUGUGAAGAGUUGGUCCGUACCAGGGAGGAACUCAAAAUGGGUUAUUCCCACACCGGGGUAGCAUCACUGACAUCAAGGCAUCCAGUUUUGGGAAGGCCGCAAGACACACUCAAAGAAUGUAAUUUGAGUUUUUAAUUAGUUUUUCGCUGCAUCUCAGAAGGACUUGGUGCAAUAUGAUGAGUAAUUCAUAACGCAGAAUUACGAUUGAGUUCCCAAGCGUGAACUCAUACCACCAAGUGAACCAAACGUUGGAGAAGAAGCUGAUCAUCAUAAAGAUAAAGAAUUGUGUAUUGUUUUUCUUAUAAUCCAAAAUAAGUAAAUAUGUGUGAUAUCCUUAUUGACUUUUGUAUGCGUUUUUUUACUUGCUACCGCAAGACCGAAGGUUAACUGGAUGCGUAUAGAUGAGACAACACAGAUUGUUGUGUUUUAGACUCGAAUGUGCCAAGAUGCAAAUCGAGAGUCAACAUAACGGGGGGUGAAUGAUUUUUUACAUGUUAAGCAUUUCCUUAUUUUUCUUUUACGCUAAACUACAAUUCUCAGGAUAAUCGUUGUUUCCUUUCCUUUUUUUUGCAGAUCAUUUUGUUACUGUCACACCUCGUGAUCCCUUCUUGGUUAAUGGAUGUGUUUGGUUAAGCUGUAUUUGGUUAAUAUUUGGGUUUAUUUUAUGUGCAUUGAUGACCUGAUGUUUACCUUUUUCAAAAAAAAAGCAGAGUAAAGUUUUUUUUUUCAAUUCUACUCCAUACAACACGAGUAGGUUUUAUUUCAAGUGACACUGUACAACCUAGUAUGUUAUGCUUUAUACAUCAGAAUUAUGUGGUGACCCAAGAGGAGGAAAGGUCAACCUUUAUGUGAUGGUGUUUAAGCAUGGAGGCUCAAACCUCUUCGACAUGACUCAAGAGAGGCUUUCAUUACAUUCAAAUCUAAUCUGGAUUCAACAAGGAACAUCUUCUCAGCUGUACACAAGGUGCUAUUCAUGUUAUGGCAGUGGAUGUAUGGAAUAACCAUUAAUCUAUUCAAGCUUUACGACAUGUUAAACACGCAGUGUUGUUUUGUUAUCAACCUUUUCUUGUUAUCAACCUCGCCCAUUACCAGAGGGGUAUAUUAGUGGGGGUGAUAAAUGUUUAUAACAAGCAUGGUUGACCGGUUAUGGUAAGGGUUUUACAAGAGCAAGUCAUCAGAGUCUGCUGUUGGGUCGGUCAGAAUAACGCUGAACUAUGCACUUCUAGUUCAUUUAAAUUAUGGAAUAAAUGUUUAUAAUGUGUGUGUGCAAUUGACACAACACAAAAGUGUUGUGUCAAUUGCACAAUUUUGUUCUGUAUAUUCUCAGGGGAAUUUAAUGUAUGUGUAUAUAUAUAUGUGUGUGUGUAUGUGUGUGUAUAUGUACAUUAAAUUCCACUGAGAAUAUACACAAAACAAAAUUGUUGUGCAAUUGACAUCGAAGGAAAGUUUAUUGCAUUGAUACUUUGCAGGUUCACAAACACGAGCUAAAUUACCAGUUAAGACGAGACGUUUAUUGGUUGCCGCAAGAAAGCUUGUAUCGAAAUAUACACCAGUAAAUGGUGACGCAGAAUUGUAGGUACUGCAGGGAUCUGAACCCAGGAUCUUCUGUUUACUGGACAGGCACCUUAACCAACUAUGCUACAAUGGGUACAACACCAAUUUAUUGAGAAUACGGCCAAAGCCGUAUGUAUUAUUCCGUGGCUGUGUGAUGAGAGGAAAAAGAUUGGUACCAUAAGCCAAUUGUGGGAGACAGAGACAACUUAAUUUUUAUUUCGGCCAUUCAUUUGAACUAUAAAUGAA